AUGGAACCAGGAAAUGAUACACAAAUUUCAAAAUUUCUUCUUCUGGGAUUUUCGGAGGAACCAGAAUGGCAGCCCGUGUUCUUUGUUCUGUUCCUGUCCAUGUACCUAAUCACCAUCCUUGGAAAUCUGCUCAUUAUCCUGGCCAUCAUCUCAGACACCCACCUCCACACACCCAUGUACUUCUUCCUUGCAAACCUGUCCUUUGCGGACAUCUGUUUCACCUCCACCACUGUCCCAAAGAUGCUGGUGAAUAUCCAGAUGCAGAGCAAAUUCAUCACCUAUGAAGGCUGCAUCACUCAGAUGUACUUUUUUCUACUUUUUGGAGGGGUGGACGAUUUCCUCCUGACUGUGAUGGCCUAUGAUCGCUUUGUGGCCAUCUGUCACCCCCUUCACUACAUGGUCAUCAUGAGCCCCUGGCUGUGUGGAUGGCUGGUUCUGGUGUCCUGGAUCAUCAGUGUGCUGCAAUCCUUGUUAGAAAGCUUACUAGUGUUGCGAUUGUCCUUCUGUACAAAUGUAGAAAUCCCCCACUUUUUCUGUGAACUUAAUCAGGUGGUCCAGCAUGCCUGCUCUGACACCUUCAUCAAUGACGUAGUGAUGUAUUGUGUUUCUGUGCUGUUAGGUGGCGGUCCCCUUGCUGGGAUCUUGUUCUCCUACUCUAAAAUUCUAUCCUCCAUUCGUGCAAUCUCAUCAACUGGAGGGAAAUACAAAGCAUUUUCUACUUGUACAUCUCACCUCUCAGUUGUCUCCUUAUUUUAUUUUACAAGCAUAGGAGUAUAUUUUAGUUCUAUUGGUACGCAUGAUGCACACUCAGGUGCAGUAGCCUCGGUUUUGUACACUGUGGUCACACCCAUGCUGAACCCCUUCAUCUACAGCCUGAGGAACAGAGACAUAAAAGAGGCUCUGAGGAGAUUAUCCAAGAGCCAGGUCAUGAAGGGCCAUCUGUCCUGGGGUUGA